CAGCAGGUGAGCAGACUUGAUUGCAGGAAGUUGGUUGAGUCAACCCCCAUCUCCAGGUGACACACAGGGAAAGGGAAACAGAAGAAAAGGGAAGGGAGGAGACUAGGGACCUCACAAUUAGUCUUCCCCCUUGUGUUAAAACACCCUGAGCUGUCCCACCAGGCUCAAGAAUCACCUUAGCCUUAUCCUGCAAAAAUAGAAGACUUGUGUAUCUGAUGAAGGCUGAGACCUGCCGGAUCAGAGACGCAGAGACUUCAGGGGAGGUGCUCUUUCAGAUGGCUGAAGUGCACAGACAGAUCCAGAUCCAGCUUGAAGAGAUGCUGAAGUCGUUCCACAACGAGCUGCUCACGGAGCUGGAGAAGAAGGUGGAGCUGGAUGCACGCUACCUGAACGCUGCACUGAAGAAGUACCAGAUGGAGCACAAGAGCAAAGGGGAGAGUUUGGAGAAGUGCCAGGCGGAGCUGAAGAAACUGCGCAGGAAGAGCCAGGGCAGCAAGCACCCUUCCAAAUAUGGAGACAAGGAGAUGCAGUAUGUGGAGGCCAUCAGCAAUAAGCAGAGCGAGCUGGACAACUACAUCGCCGAGGGCUACAAGAACGCUCUGUCCGAGGAGAGGAGGAGGUACUGCUUCCUGGUGGACCGUCAGUGCGCCGUGGCCAAAAACAGCAGCACCUACCACGGCAAGGGGAAGGAGCUUUUAUCCCAGAAGAUCCCCGUGUGGCAGCAGGCGAGCGCCGAGCCCAACAAACUGCCGGAUCGUGCCAUGUUCCUGGCCCAGCAGAUGAGCGGUACAGGUGGCACCCUGCCUCCAGGGGCUCAUCAUCCAGGCAUGCCCAUCUCUGAGCCAAUCCCUGGAGCUAAGCCUCUGCCUGUGCCUCCAGAGCUGGCAGCCCUCAGGGCCAGCGGGGGUCUGGGACAGCAGAGGCUGAUGGGAGGCCUGGAAGGAGGGAUGCCCCUGAUGAACGGUACAGCCGGCAUGCACGGUGGAGAGGACUACCAGCAGUGGGUGGAGGCGAAGGUGGCCCAGGGCAAGGCUUCGACUCAGACACAGAGGCACGGGGCGGAGGUCUUCUCCAACACCCUGCCUGUGCGCAAGGUGGCCCCCGCCAAGAGCAAGACAGCAAUGAUGGAGACCCGUACGCUGCCCCGGUCCAGCUCCAUGGCAGCAGGACUGGAGAGGAACGGGAGGACCCGAGUCCAGGCCAUCUUCUCACACGCAGCCGGAGACAACAGCACUCUGCUGAGCUUCGCUGAGGGCGACGUGAUCACCCUGCUGGUCCCCGAGGCCAGGGAUGGAUGGCACUAUGGAGAGAACGAGAAGAACAGGAUGCGUGGCUGGUUCCCCUUUUCCUACACCAGAGUGAUCCCUGAAAAUGAUGCCAACUCCAUGAGGCAGCUCCGAGUAAACAACCUCCAGCACGGGAAGAGCAGCAGCACAGGAAACCUUCUAGAGAGAGAAGACAUGGCGAUGUCUGUCCCUGACUACGGCAUCCACUCCCGUAUGGCGGCACAGAGCGCUGCGGCGCUGCAUGGCAGACAACAACGCCCCUACAGCGUGGCGGUGCCAGGCUUCUCACAGCAAGGUGUUGAAGAGUAUGAGCCACGCUUCCCCACAAGUGCCACAGAGGGAAAGUUGAUUUCCACAGUGUGAGGACAAACAGACAGACAGACACACUCAGCGAGACGAUGCUCUAGGACAGGCACACCGCUGACCCUCCCCCUCUCCUCCGCCUCCCCCCCUAACCUCCCGCUUACGGCAAUAAACUCUAUCCCUGAGCCGAUCAAUGCAAGACAGAGACUUGUCCUGUGUCCUCCUCUCCUCCCUUCCUCCUUCCUCCUUAAAUCCUGUCUUUCUGGCCGGUAUCCACACUGGACCGCUUGUGAAGAGUCAGUGCAGUCACGCCGAGCCGAACACAGCAGAACGGACUCUGAGCCAUCCGCAUAUUUAUAAUGGAUGUGAUGGACAUGCUCCCUGAGGAAAUGUAUCUCUUGCUUGUCUUUCAUGCAUGUACAUUUCUUUUCUAUAUUUCUGGGGAUUAUAACUCUCCACCAGACGGACCAGAUUUUCACAAAUGUGCGCUCCAUCAGACUGACGCCGUGAAGGGAAUGUAAAUCAGGGUGUGAAAUUAAAAGGUUUGAUCCUAAAGAGGAUUUUCAUAAUGUAAACAUGAUGACAUUAAAUCAAUAUUUUACUGGCUCUUUCAGUAUUUAACACUAAGUUUACCUUUUCAUGCUGUGAGGUUUUUUGUAUUCCUCUGAGGAAAAGAGGCAACGUAUCACGAGUAGUGAACCGAUAUUGUAAAUGUUUGAACUUACAGAGCGGAGACAAUGUCACAGGAAUGUUUACUGUACAUACACGAGGUGUUCGUCCUGCAGUAUCUUUAAAAACAUGCACCUUAUGAGAGUUUCUAUAUCUGACUUUCUGUAAACAAACUUACUGUCAUCACUCUAACUGUACUGUACUUUAAGACCUCUGGACUGGUUCUCCAGCAUCUCACUGGAGCUGUGCUCAGACUCACAAACCCCCCGGUGCUCGGGUUCCUCUGAUUAUUGUGGUUUCUGAAUGAUCACACCAAGGCUGAAUGAGAUCGACUGUACCCUCCACCCUGAGUGACGUGCAAGGCUCGGAGUUGGCGUUAGCGCUGUUAGGAGACGUUUGCCAGAAAAUAAGAGAUGCCAAACUCUCACUGCCUCAAGAAUCUGCAGCUUUCUCCCAUCCUGCUUUGAGUUUGUUUGCUACAGGUUGAACAAGAUGAACAGUUUUAACAUCCAUAUUAACAACGUAAAACCAUCCUCACCUGUGUCCUCAUCCAAGAGUCAAAUAAAUGCAGUGAAAUCCA